UCGAGAAAAACAAAAGCCAUCUGAAAUUAUGGAAGCCCAGACAAGUAUGGAAUAUGGAAGAAAAGCCAAAAGGCAGAGGCUCGAAUACGGUUGUAGUGACUGUGGUCAAACCUUUGCACACAAACAAAGUUUAAACCGUCACAAGAAGACGGCCCAUGGAAGUCCGAAGCUAACUUGCAGUCAAUGCAAAAUGACAUUCACGAGAAGAGAUAACCUGCAUCGUCAUUUGAAGACACAUUUACAACAGGGGGGUGCUAAUGAAAGUACUCCACGAGGGACAUCUGCCACCGAACCAACACCCACUCAACAAGAACCUGUCGAGCCACCGUGUGACCUUCAAGCCCUAGGAGGCACUAUGCAGGUUCAUACCAUCCCAGGAGAAGGUAUACAGAAAUACGACCCCAUGACAUUCCUGAAGGGAAAGUACGACGAGGUCAAGAAGGUGCUGAAGCAAGCCAUCAAAGAUCGAGGUGAGCUAAAGUGGUACCUGACCAUCAAAGUAAAGAUGAGCAGGCGGAAAGGUGAGGUGGUGGAAACGGUGGAACCCCAUUUCAGAGGCAAGUGUCAAACGUCUCUUAAAUUUGAAGACCCAGAUGAAGGGAUGAAGGAAUCGAUUAAAAAGAUCUAUACUUCUUUCAUCGAAUUUCAAAGGCAGGGUAGCAACUGGACGGUGGAUAAGGUGGUAGACCUCACCAUUCACAUGGCUCGGGUACCGACCCCUUCGAGGCUCGAGUUACACCCCCCUCCCCAUCAAAUUGAGAGCUAAGCAUGCCAUCGUCAAUGUUCAGAAUCGGGACCAGAAGUGUUUCAUGUGGUCGGUCCUGGCGGCAUUAUACCCCGUCAAACAACAUGCAGAGCGGGUGGCUAAGUAUGCUCAAUACGUCAAUCAACUUGACACCACUGGCAUUUCUUUC